AUGAGCGAAGGUGGAGCAACCAAUAUCAUCCGAAUUGCCCUCCGCAACUGGAACAAAGAUUCCCUUCUGCGGGCUUGGUUCGACCACUUUGAUGAUGAUCGUAAUGGCUUCUUAGAAAAGGACGAGUUCUUCGCAGCUUGCGAUGAGAUCACAUCUCAUUCCGACCCGCAACAGUUGUGGGAGCACCUGGAUUCUGACAAGACAGGCUACGUCAGCCUCCGAGAAAUCAGCGAGGAUGACGCAAGCCUUUGGUUUGACUUCAAAGCGUGGUGUGCCGCAACCUUCAGUGGACCGAAAGAUAUGCUGGUGCAGAUCUCGGGCACCAGCACCGAAGAAGAGAGGCUUCUUCAAAAGCAGAAUGCGCGCAGCAAGCUGUUUGGCUUGAGGAGCCCGACGGCUCGCGCAACAGGGGCGCCCGUUAGCUUGCGGACAGGUGAGGAGGCAUGUACUGUGAUCGUGGGAGAGGAAACCUGGGUCAGCGGACUGCUGCGCUGUGGCUGGUCCAGACAGCUGCAGGAGCUGUUUUACGCCUUGAAGGAUGAAAGAAGAGGCGUCAUAGAUGCUCAUGCCUUGAAGUGGCUUGAGAUAGAAGUGCGAAAGUUCAAGCAGAAGCAAGAGAUGAAGCGGAGGAUUGGUGCUGACCAGAGGGCCAAGGCUGCCGCACGCAAGAGCCAGCGAGUGCACCUACACGACUUCAAGGCGUUUCUCAAGAAGCAUUUCGGGCCCACCUAUCAUGCCUGGCGGAAGGUGCUAGAUGUGGAUGGUACCAUGAACCUCCAGAAGGCAGAGCUCUUUAAAGUGUGCCGCCAAAUCGGUUGGAAGGGAGAUAGCCGCCUUCUAUGGCAGGCACUGGAUAAUAGUGGCAAUGGCACAGCGAAUCUGGAAGAGCUGGACCCGAGUUGUGCAAGACAGUUGGCACGGUUCAAAGACUUUGGCGAGAAGCGCUAUGGAAGUAGGCCAGCCAUGUCUCUCUGGAAGGCCAUUGACAAGCGAGACAAGCAGCGCAUCAGCUACGAUGUCUUUGUGCGGAGAUGCAUUGUCAUGCGAUCUGGGCUGUUGGAGUCAGAGCUGAAGGAGUUGGCUUAUUGGCUCGACUGGCAGGGCAAGAAACACGUGUGCUUUGCGGAUAUUGAGUUCAUCGAUCACUGGCGCCCCCCUGCCUAUCUGGUGGCAGAGCCAAAUCCACAGGCCGCUGAACAGAUCAGGUCUCUGCUGGCUGCCAAGUAUGGCCACUUCCUCAAAGCAUGGAGAACCCUUCUGGACAAGGACAGCUCCAACGUUUGCAACUGGGAGGAGUUUCAAAAUGCCAUGAAACACCUGAAACACAACGGAGAUGUUGCUGGUGCUUGGCUCGCUUUGGACAAUGACCUUAGUGGAUCCAUAACUCUUCAGGAGAUCGACAGCAAGUCAAGCCAGAUGCUCCUGAAUUUCAAGAGUUGGGCAGACGCACAGUUUGGCAGCGUUCGUGCAGCUUUCAAGGUCUUGGACAAAGACAAGUCUGGCGAGCUCAGCCUGCCAGAGUUUCGCCAUGCUGUCCUUUCGAAUGGCCUGUCCAGCUGUGAUGAGGUUCUUUUGUUCAAAUGCUUGGACUGCUCUGGUCAUGGGCGGCUUUUGCUGCACGAGGUCCACUUUCUCGAUGACUGGGAGCCGCGGCAAGAUGAGGAGAAAGGUGAUGAGGACGAGACCAAGACGAUCAGUCAAAGUGCAACUUGGACGGAGGCAUCGGCAGACACCAUGUACAGCUACGCCACGCUGGCUCCUGGCCCUGGUGCCUACAAUCUCCUGUCCGGCUUUGGCGCACACCCACGGGUUCCUAUGGCCAGGCAUAUGGGAGCCCAUGCGUUCAGCGGGCGUCCACAGACUUCCUGGCUGAAAACAACCAUCCAGUCGGUUGGCCCUGGCGCCUUUGAGAAGGACCCCAAAGAUUCGGCAACGCAGCGACGUCACAAGCCUUCUUGGCAGUUUGCCACCACAGAUCGCAUGCCUAAUCAGGUGAGCGACUCUCCUGGGCCUGGGCAUUAUCAGGCACAGCCAGCUUUCAAUGGACCGCAGUUUUCCUUUGGCUGCCGCCGCGGGUUCACCCUGCAUCCGCUUGAGAAGCCGCCACUUUCGGCAAGGACAAACACUGGGAAGUACUGCUUCAGCUGA